AUGUUUAAUCCUUCAGCUAUGCCGGAUGUUCCAGUGGGAUAUGGUAAGGCCAUGGUCACACCAGUGAAGAAGCAGCUGGUCCUACGAAAAGAUAAUAAAACACCACCAGCUAACGAAAAAUCCCCGAUGCGUUUCGGAAGAAUGCCCUCACCGCAAUGCUCGUUGAAAGAUAACAAACAGCCUCCAAGUCCAACACCAAAUAAACGAGAGAACACAAGCAACUCUAGAUUGCUCAACGACACCAUACUGAACCUAACACUGUCGAUUCUGUACAACGUAUUGUUUUGGAGACUACAUCGUUUCGUAUCAUAUAUAUCGUAUUACCAGUGGCAGUCAAUGAUAUCAGUAAUUGCAGUUGGUUAUUUGUUUUGGACAGCGACUAGGGAGACAUCCAGGACCUAUGAGAGAGUGCGAGGACUCUCCGGCGCUGACGCGCAAACCUCAAAUCAACCCACAACACCAAAUAGGACAACUAUGAGCCCGAGAAGACAGUCGUUGGAAAGAAAUUCCAAUGGUAACCCACCUACUACCAGAAAUAUACAGAAUAGACUACCUCUAACCAGACGAGGAAGCUGCACCAAAGAAAACAUAAGAUCCGCUCAAGGUGUUGUGGAAUCGAAACCUGCCCCAUUAAACGAAUUUCAGAGACAAGCAAAUCUAAGGGACUGUAUGAGAAAAUUUCGAACUAAACAAUUUUGGCAUGACUCAAGUAUACCUAUACCAACAUUUAUUUUGAAAAUUGAACUGUUAUUAAAAUCAUAA